CCCAGGAAGGUACAAAAGGGAAGCCGCUGCCACCUGGCCUCCCACACCUGGACGCUGGACAGUGUCACCUCCUGAAGACAGGCCCAGGCUGCAGGCUCCCCGUGUGGAUCCACAUGGCUGCCCCGAGGGCCUGGCUCCUCUGCCUGCUGCUGCUGCUGGGCCUGGGACUGCGGGCGGCCACCAGCCGCGCCCGUCCACACUCCAUGGAGGCCCGCACCCCGGACAUCAGCCCAGCCUGGUACGCUGGCCGCGGCAUCCGGCCCGUGGGCCGCUUCGGGAGGAGCAGGGCAGCACUGCAUGAGGUCCCCGGGCCCGGUCCGCGAUGUCGGCUGACCUGCCACUGGGCACCAGGUGGCCCUGAGUCCCCUGGGGAUGGGAGCUGGACACGGCCCUGAAGACCAGAGCCUCCACCCCGCUCCCCUCUACGCACUGCCUUCCGCU